AUGGCUUGGCAGCUAAAUUUUCUGGUGAUGGCCAUAACUUGUUUCAUGUUAUUCCGAGCAAGCCAGCAGUCUUCACAGAGUGAGCUGCUGCAGCAGCUCAGGAAGCAGCUGGAGUACCCUAGGCAGCUUGAUGUCUGGAACAAUCCAAGUGGUGACCCCUGCAACACUCAGCCCACUUCAGUGGUUACCGUGUUGUGCGAGGGGAAUGACAUUACCGAGCUCAAGAUAGUCGGUGAUAGGAUCACCAAGCCACCAAAGUUCAGUGGCUAUCCUUUUCCCAAUGUCAGCCUCUCUGAAGCCUUUGUUAUCGACUCGUUUGUUACUACGCUGACAAGGUUAACUACCUUGAGGGUUGUUAUCUUGGUGUCCUUGGGCCUAUGGGGCCCUCUCCCCGAGAAGAUUCACCGCCUGUCUUCGGUGCAGGUGCUUGAUCUGAGCUCCAAUUUUCUGUAUGGAUCGAUCCCUCCAAAGCUGUCGGCCAUGUCGAAGCUUCAGACCCUGACACUGGAUGGUAACUACUUCAAUGGGACCGUGCCAGACUGGUUUGGUUCGCUCUCGAACCUCACCGUCCUUCGCUUGCAGGGCAACCGUUUAAAGGGGUCAAUACCAGCAUCAGUUGGUAAAGCUACAAUGCUUACAGAGCUAGCUCUUGCCGGCAAUAACAUCUCAGGCGAGGUUCCACUUUUGGUUAGUUUAAAUAGACUUGAGAUGUUGGAUUUGAGGGACAACGAGUUAGAUGGAGAGCUUCCAGACAUGCCUACAUCAUUGGUAACAGUCCUGCUUAGCAAGAACUCUUUCAAGGGUGAAAUCCCUGAAAAGUUUGGUCAACUGAACAGGCUUCAACACCUUGAUCUCUCGUUCAACUUUCUUGAGGGCAAUCCUCCUGAAAAACUCUUUGGUCUCCCAAACAUCAGCUAUUUGAACCUGGCAGCAAACAUGCUCAGUGGAUCACUUCUGAGUAGCUUAACAUGCAGCAGCACCCUGGGAUUUGUGGAUUUUUCUACUAACCGACUCACAGGUGACCUGCCUGCUUGCCUAAAUGCUAAUUUGAAUAACAGGGUUGUUAAGUUCGACGGGAAUUGCUUUAGUGCUGACCCUGAACACCAGCAUGAAACUAAAUAUUGUGAACAGUCUCAUAAGGGAAGAAGAUCAAGCAAGGAUAUUGGACUUGUGGUCACUAUUCUCGGGAUAGUGCUGGUUGUUCUUGUUCUUUCUCUUCUAUUAGUGGCAUCAAACAGAAGAAACUGUCAGAGAGUUACAGCAGAACAACAGUUACUGCAAAAGCAUAUGCAAGAUAAUUCGACUCCAGGAACUUCCUCUGAACUGCUAGUAAAUGCAAGGUACAUAUCUCAAGCUGUGAAGUUUGGAACGCAAAUAAUGCCCACACAUCGUGUAUUUUCUUUAGAAGAGCUCAAAGAAGCAACAAAGUGCUUUGAAAGAUCAGCGUUUUUAGGCGAGGGAUCCAUUGGAAAGCUAUACAAGGGAAAACUUGAAAAUGGAACCGUGAUUGCAAUAAGAUGUUUGGCAUUGCACCAGCGAUACUCAAUAAGAAACCUAAAGCUUCGUUUGGAUCUACUUGCGAAGCUUCGCCACCCAAAUUUGGUUUGCCUCUUGGGGCACUGCAUUGACAGCGCAGUUGAUGAAUCAAGUGUAAAAAGGGUUUUUCUUGUUUAUGAAUAUGUACCUAGUGGAACUCUGUCUUCUUAUCUUUCCGGGUCCAGUCCCGAGAAAACACUGAAAUGGUGCGAUAGACUGCAUGUGCUGAUCGGCAUUGCAAGGGCUGUUCAUUUCUUACAUACAGGAAUAAUUCCUGGUUCUUUGUAUAAUCGGUUGAAAACUUCUAGUAUUUUGCUUGAUGAACACCAUAUGGCAAAACUGAGUGACUACGGUUUGUCCAUAAUAACAGAGGAGAUAUACAAACAUGAGACAAUUGGAGAAGGGAAGAGAUACGUGCAAAAUAAUGCUGAAGAACUGGAAAGUUUGCAGGAUGAUGUAUGUUCUUUUGGUUGUAUAUUACUUGAAGUACUUAUGGGCCCAAAACUACAUAGAAAAGGCGAUCCUUUUAUUUUAAGUGAACUGGUUUUGUCUAUAUCAAGCCAGGAAGAGCGCGAGCGUGUUCUGGAUCCUGUUGUGCUUGGCACCUCCUCACAGGAUUCGUUGUCGAUGGUGGUCUCCAUUACGAUCAAAUGCUUAUCCGUCGAAUCUUCGACCAGACCUUCCAUCGAAGAGGUUCUCUGGAACCUGCAAUACGCCGCACAAGUUCAGGCGACAGCGGACGGUGAUCAGCGAUCAGAAGUUUCCUCACAGGCUUGUUAGCACAAACUGAGCAUGGCAGCAUGGAGACCGCGAUUUAAGGAACGGAGCAAAGAUAGCGAUUAGUGAGGGACAUAUGCUCGAGUUAGGAUGGCUGUGACACUUAGACCGGGAAAUGGCCAAACAAACUGUUUGGAGCAAUCCUGCAUUCACUCUGCAGAAUUUGUAUAUAAAUACAGAUUAAGAUGGCAUGUCAAGUGUCCACAUAAGGUGUGGUCACUUGGUUUUGUACUGUAAAACUUUUCUGGCUUGUUUUGUGCAUCAAGUGUUGGUGCUUGUAUA